AGGGUGGAGCUUCACACUGGCGAAUUUGUGGCAAAAGCGAAGCGUAUUUAUCAAACUCCUUUGUAAUUAUUAAAGAGCGGAUCGCAAUAAUCUUCUAAAAGUUGGAUUAUCGAUGACCACUGAGAGACAUUCCGCAAGAAAACCGUCGGCUUUCUCGAAUAUAUUUGAAGAUGGAGGAGAUGGAGGUGGAUUUGCACAUUGAAAUCUCUGAAUCUGACAGCAGCACCGAGGUGGAUGAAGAGGAGGAAGAGGAUGAUGGUUCCAUGCAGAAUGCUAGCACCUUUGAGCGCCUCAGGCGUUUGGCCUCUCGGGUACAAAGGAGGAGACUGGGAGCUGGUUUGCGUUUCCACAGCUUUUCAGUGGAUGAACGGCUGCAGAUUUUACAGAGAAGUUUACAGGCUUUGGAAGAGCAUGACAGAAACCGUGUAGUCAACAUGGACCCACGACUGAUGGAGUCUUCACCCCAUUCCAGCCACUCCGCUGCAGGAAUCCCGACAGUGUCACAAGAGUCCGCAACAACAGAGGCUGACGGGACAGGGGCUGUAGUGCAGCCAGAAGCCCAGCUAGAACAUCCAACCCCAGAGAAUGAGGCUGUCUCUGUGCCUGUAGAGGCCUCUGCAGCUGCCACACAUACUGCUGCACAGGAGGACGUAGAUGAUGGGGAGGGGGAGACCUGCUCCAUCUGUUUUGAGCUGUGGACCACGGCAGGUGAUCACCGCUUGGCCGCUCUUCGCUGUGGACACCUAUUUGGCCACAUUUGCAUAAAGCGCUGGUUGAUGAGUGGGGGAAAUAAAUGUCCACAGUGUAAUAAACCAGCAAAACGUGAUCAUAUCAUCUUACUUUAUGCACGGAAACUGCGAGCACUGGACAAUUCAGAGGUGAUGCAACUGAAGAGAGCAUUAGAAAUCGAGCAGGGUUUGCGGAGAAAGGAGGAGCUGGAAACAGCUCAGUGUCGUCUACAGUUGCAGGUCACGACUGAUGAAAACAUAAAACUACGUAAAGAGGUUGAGGAGGGUAGGAGGUGGAGAGCUCAUAUGGCCUCCAGCUCCUCUCAGGGAGGUGCUCUCUCUCUGUCCCAGACACAGGACACCUCCACUGGGGGGCAUUAUGUGUUCUCUAAGGCUGUGCUGAUUUCUCAAGCAGGGGGCAGUAGGGUUUUGUCUUACUGUGAGCCUCUCGGCUGCCUGCUGGCGUCCCAGCCCUCUCCACAUGCAACAUUAGUACCAGGCUUUGGGGUGAAGAAGAUAAGUACUGUGAAUCUCAAAGCUAGUCAGUAUGUCCCUAUUCACGGCAAACAGAUCAGAGGUCUUGCCUUCAGCCGACAGCAAGACGGCUUACUGCUGUCUGCAGCUCUGGAUAACACAGUAAAGCUCACUAGCUUGAUGACCAACACCGUGGUCCAGGCCUACAACACGGGCAGACCUGUGUGGAGCUGCUGCUGGUGCCAUGACAACAAUAACUACAUUUAUGCUGGUCUUAGCAAUGGUUCUGUGUUAGUGUAUGACACGCGGGACACAAGUACUUGCGUUCAGGAGUUGGCGCCACUUUGCUCCAGCUGUCCAAUGGUGUCAUUGUCCUACAUCCCCCGCACUGCCUCCAGUUCAUUCCCAUGUGGUGGUCUUAUCGCUGGCACGCUGGAGGGGGGCUGCUUCUGGGAGCAUGUAGAUGGAACCACAUACACGCCUCACAUUCUGCCUCUAGAAUCCGGCAACUGCACAGACAUACAGGUGGAGCCGGACAGCAGACACUGCCUUGUCACAUACAGACCAGGUCGAGCAAACCCGUCACUGCGCUCCGUGUUAAUGGAGCUUACCCGAAGCCCUCGGUCAGACAGCAGCCAGCCUUCUGUGUGUUCAUGUUCCCCAGUCCAGACCUUCAUCGCUGGCUCCUCCGGCAAGCUGCUCACCAAGAACGCCGUCUUUAAAAUUCCAGCUGCAGAGGGCUCUACACUAGUGUGUGCCGGAGAUGAGGGGACCAACUCAACCAUGGUAUGGGAUGCUGGCACUGGUGCUCUGCUUCAGAAACUGCCGGCAGAUCUUCCUGUGUUGGAUAUCUGCCCUUUUGAGGUGAACCAGAGCAGCUAUCUGGCCUCACUCACUGAGAAGAUGCUCAAGGUCUAUAAGUGGGAGUGACAUUUAUUAGUGCUGCUUGCAGUAUUGUCCACGCACUAUAACAGCUGCUUUAUUUGUAUUGGACUCAAGCCAAAUUUUAUUUUCAGUAUUUUAUAUUUUCUGUAUUAUGUUUGUUUUAUAAUGUUUAUUUGUUUGAUUUUUUACAUGGUUGCAAUUUCAUUGGUGACAUUUGUCUUGAGAGAACAAUCAGUGUUUUUCAUUGUAUAUAAAUAUGCAUUUCUAAUUGCUUUAUUAAAACAAUAAAUGCAUGAAUACUUUGAGACUAUUUGUGAAAGCCUCUCAAAAAUUUCUUA